AUGGAGGAGGAAUAUAUUCAGGUUUCACAUUUUCUCAUUGUAGCUGAUGUCCGAUCAUUGUCUCUUCCUGGAACUUAUCAUGAAAAGAUUACUCAUUUAGGAAAUUCUCUGAAAAAUUUCACUCGCCUAAAAUCUUUAGACCUCUCUCGCAAUGCAUUGGUUAGCUUGGAGGGUAUUCAGCAUCUCAUAUUUUUAGAAAAGCUCAAUCUCUAUUACAAUCACAUUUCAUCACUAUCAGAAAUAUUUCGACUUCAUAGUUUAACUGCGCUCAAGGAUGUGGACCUCCGUCUGAACCCUGUAGUUAAAAAUGAGUCUGAUUAUCGUCUUUUUGUUGUGCACAUGCUUCCUAACCUUAGACGAUUAGAUGAUCGACCAGUGAGAGAUAGUGAACGAAAAGCAUCCCUUUUGCAUUUCACCACAGAUCAUGCAUUUGAAUUAAAAGAUUCUUCACCAACAGCAAAAGUGAAUGAAAUUGAAAGAUCUGGCCAGCCACGGAUAGCAUAUAUUAACUCCAUGUCAAGGAAGUGUUCAGUGAUGGAUGAAGAAGAUGAAGCAGUGCUAAACUUAAUUACAAAGUGUGAAUGGGACUUGAGCAAACCUCUUGGAAUAACAGGAUCAGCUAAAAAGGACCCUGAAGUAGAAUUUCACAGUUUACAAAGUAUUCGCAAUAUUGAAGAUAAUGUUGGCAUUACUAUGAAUAGGAAAUCUGAAACCAGACCCAUCAGCCUACAAAUGCGGAAGCAACAAGCAAAUAUGCCUAUGGAUGUUAGUUCAGAAAACAGAAACACAUUGAAAGUUCAGGAAACUGACGAAGAGUACAGAAGUUUGCCUGAUUGUUCACCAACUCUGCCUGUUGUACAUAAUACCAUUAAGCAAGGGAAUGAGAAAAGGAAAAAUAGCACCAAAGUUACAUUUUCAGACAAUAAGAGUCAAGAUCUUCCUAAGAGAGAUCCUAAUCUGAAAUUUCAAGAUGAGGCUGAAUCUUAUAAAAAAAUUACAACCCAUGCCAAUUUCACACCCCAUCCAGACUCUCAAGAAAUUUCUUCUCCAGUCCUCUCCUCUCCAAAGAUGCAUACACAGGCUCAGAAGAUUUUUAAUACAUUAUCAGCAUCUAGAUUACUUUGCAAUAGAACAUCACAUAAUGGAGGAAACCAACCAGUUCAGAACCAAAUUUACUCUGCAGCUUUGCAGAAAAAUAAUGGACAACCUAAUGUUAGUGUGAAUGUGUCUAAACAAGAAACAAUGCAAGAGAGUGGCAGAAACCAUCCUCCUUCCAUUCAGGGACCUGGACCUGAAGAGCAAAGGCCAAAUAGCAAAACUACAGAUGUCAGAGAGGUGUCUGAAACGCAUCAAGUAGCAACUCAGUCAGCUAAUAAACAUCUGUAUGAAGCAACACCUAUGGAACAUCUUCUGGACUUAGUGGACAAAUAUUGGAAUGGUUAUAAAUCACUCCACUGCAAUGAGAAAUUUCUUUCUCAGGCAGGACCUGUUUUGUCUGCAAUGCAGAAAUCUGCACCUGCGGAUCAACAAAAAGAUUCUGCAACAAUGUGUCAGGAGGUGAAUAAUCUGCUCCUAGAGAAAAGGGCUUUACAAAGUCACUUGUCUGAACAAGAUCAGCAAUACAACAUAAAGAUUAACAGUCUGAUGUCAGAACUGAGCAACUCUCAAAAAGACAUGGAUAUCUUGAAGCAACGUUUAGACCAGUUAUUGGAAGAGAACACUAACUUAAAAGCUCAUCUGUUAAAUGUGGAACAGAAUGUGAAAAAUGCAGACCGUUCUAGUUCAUUACAUUUGCAACUUACUGAUCUGCAAAACGAGAAUCAACAGUUAAGAAGUGAAAACAUCAACUUGAAACAGCGUCUUCAGCACUAUGAUCAGAUUCAGGAGCUCACAGAGAUGUUGCAGGAAAGUCACAGAACUUUGGUUUCUACUAAUGAGCAUCUCCUGCAAGAAUUAGCAGAGACAUGUACACGGCACAGGACUGAAGUUGAGCAGCUACACUGGAGUUACAAUCAGUUAAAAAAAACAAUGGAUAAACAUCCUCAUAGCAACAUGGACAACAGCAGGUGUUAG